AUGGGCGGCAGACAUUCGAAAGACGAUAAACCAGGCAAUCCCAACCAGAAGAAUAAACCCGUUUCCCGCACGACAGAUCAAGACCGAACCCUCCUCCAGCUGAAACUCCAGCGCGAUGACUUGAACAAGCAGAAGAAACGGUUCGCAAACUUAAUCGAGGAGGAAGCGAUAAUUGUAAACACCUGCCUACGGGAGAAGAAGAAGCAGCUCGCAUUGUUUCACUUGAAGAAGAAGACGAUACACGGCUACCAAUGCAAAAAUGUCUGAGUCUGGAAGAGUCGGGGCUUGUCAUGCACAUUUUGCAUGCCCCGUGAGGUCUGUGAUGCUGGUGCUAGCAUCGCAGAUUUUUUGAGAGCUUCUCGAUGCUCAUUACGCAUGAGAAAUGCCCUCUCCGCGUGCCGAGAACUGACUCCUCUUACUGCUCAUGCAACACAGAUAUUUUUUGAAUCCGCAGACAGCAUUACAAGUUGCAUUCUUCCAGACCCAGACACUUUUACAUUUGAUAGCGGCAAAAUGUUGACGAAUUGCGACAACGCGUUAUUUAUGCAAUGCAAAAGUAUCGUACUCGUAUAAAUACAUUAGAAGUUUCCCCAGCAUGAGAAAUAAAAUUUGUCAUGCGGUUUUCCCUUGAGAAAAAAAUUUGUAAUGCAUGAAUGCAAUUACUACGAGUAUGAUACUUUUGCACAGGUGGAUAUUGUUGAAGCUCCUGGAACUGAUCGACAACGUGGAACUGCUGCAAAUGCAGCAGAGUGUGGUGCAAGCCAUGCAGGUCGGGAAUGACAUGCUGAAGAAGAUGCGGAUAUGCAAUGCAAAAGCAUCGUACUCGUAUAAAUGCAUGACAAAUUUCCUCAGCGUGAGAAAUAAAAUUUGUCAUGCGAUUUUACCUUAAGAAAAAAAUUUGUAAUGCAUGACUGCACUACUUACUACGAGUGCGAUACUUUUGCGCAGGAUAGCAGAAGGAAGUGUCGGUGGAAAAAGUGGAAGAUCUGCUGGAAGAUGCAGAAGAAUUGCGGGAAUGGGUAUAUUAGUUACUAGCGAGUUUGUGAUGCACGAUUUUUCUGCAUGUUCUUGUGAUACGUGAACGUGUGAUGCAUAUCAGCACUACAUCUCGUACUAGUUAUCGUCACCUCUCAAGAUGAUGAAGUGGGAAUCUAAAAAUCAAAAACAGAACGCCGAGAUCAACGCCGUGAUGGCUCAGUACGGUGUAUCAGAGGAAGACAUCGACGCCGAGCUCGCUAUGAUAGAAGAGCAGGAAACGCUCCGCGUGUUAGAGCCACUGAAACCGGUGCCAGUUACGGAAUUGAAUGCAGUUUCGACUGCCAGUAGCAGUAAGGACAGAACUACGCAUGUUGAGAAAGAACAUGAUGAAGUGCAACGUGAGAGAAUACCGAUAGCCAUACCUGCAUUUUGUAAGCAU